ACACCUACAUGUGCCAUGAUAAGAUCCACACAUAAAUAUCCCCCAUGUGGUCCACAUCAAAUCACACCCAUCAACACAGCAGAAACCUCAGCUUCUCAACUUCUUCUGAGUUUGUCUUUCCAGACCAGAACAAUGAAACCCAGUUCAGUUCUGAUUUUGCAGCUGCUGCUGGGGACAUGCUGGGCGAGCACCUAUCAAAAUGUGGCUUUGCGUGGCAAAGCAACUCAGUCACAACGCUACAGCGGAGAGUUUGCAGUUUUUGGAGCUGCCUACAAUGCUAUAGAUGGAAACCGUGAAUCUGAUUAUCAUGCCGGAUCAUGCACCCAUACUAACGCACAGACCAACCCCUGGUGGAGAGUGGACCUGCUGGAGUCCUACAUCAUCACCUCCAUCACCAUCACCAACAGAGGAGACUGCUGUGCAGAAAGAAUCAACGGAGCAGAGAUUCACAUCGGCAACUCUUUAAAAGACAAUGGUGCCUCAAACCGAGUGGUUGCUGUAAUUUCCAAUAUCCCAGCAGGCAGAUCAUUGAAAAUCACUCUAAGCAGUCGUGUGGAGGGACGUUAUGUGAUUGUGUCUUUGCCUGGUUCAGGAAGGGUCCUUACGCUCUGCGAAGUGGAAGUCUAUGGUUACCGUGCCCCAACUGGAGACAACCUGGCACUCCAAGGAAAAGCCACGCAGUCCACACUUCAUUCUACAGGCAUUGCAAAUAAUGCCAUCGAUGGGAAUCGGGCCAGCGCCUGGAGUCAGGGUUCGUGUACUCACACAGGCCACAACUUCAACGCCUGGUGGAGGCUGGACUUGGGCAAAACACACAAAGUGUUUUCUGUCAGCGUCACCAACCGCCAAGAAUCCCCCCAAAGACUUAAUGGAGCUGAGAUCCGGAUUGGAGAUUCUCUUGACAACAACGGCAUCAACAAUCCCAGGUGUGCGUUGAUCUCAAGCAUCCCUGGAGGUUUGACCCAAAACUUCCAGUGUGGCGGGAUGGACGGCCGCUAUGUGACCAUAGUCAUCCCUGGAAGAACUGAGUACCUGAGCCUGUGUGAGGUGGAGGUCUACGGCUCCAGACUGGAUUAGGUCUGAGGAAGUUCAUAAUUCAUAACAAUGAUGUUUAUCUGAUGUUCGUGUACAGGCUCAUGUUCGUGAGCAUCAAUUUUUUAUAACAAUGACAGUUUAUAUUGCAGAUGUUUAGCUUUAGCCUCACGUAAAUUCAGGCGUAUCAUCUUCCUUAAUAUUAAUGUUGAUAAAUGUUGAUUCUGUGUAAGAUGAUAAAAGUCGUCACUGAACGGCAAAUAACAGGUUUGCCUGGACAGUUGGAAUAUCAUCAUCAUUAUUGGUUUUCCAGGUCGCAAAAAAAGUGUGAAUAAAAAUUAGAUUUGAGUGUGAAAAAAAUGAUUUUAGAAAUUUGAUAUUCAUCAUGUCUUGUUAUCGAUCACGAAUACCUGUCAUUCGAGAAGCAUUCUCACUAUUGUUUCAAUGGAAAACCAGAUAUUGUUUAUAUAUGGAGAGAAUGGCACAUGUUAGAUGAUCUUCCUUUUCUUUAUGUCACAUGUCAAAAUAUCUAAAUGUGUAAUGUAUGUAUAUAUGUAUACGUACAAAGCUAUGUAAAAUAUGUGUUACAAGGCUUAGUAAUAUGUUUUUAGGUACCAAUAUGUGUUUUUCAUUUAAUCUACAUGACUAUAAUGUUGUGACGGUGUGUGUGUGUGUGAGUAUUUCUGUUGUUGUGAGAUGUUUCUCUCUCUCUUACAUUCCAUUAUCAUCACUCUGUAACUUUAUGGGUAAAGAUUGAAUUAUAUUGAUACUGCAGAGUACCAAUUCACAAUAAAUCAAACUUGGCUAAA